GUUAGCGCGACAUGGAGCAACGAGAGCAAGAUCUGGUGGAGCAAUCCAGCCGAGUCACCACCUUGGGUGAAUAUUUCGCGUGGGUGCAGCGAUGCGACGAGUGCGUGCAACAACUCGAAGAGCACGGUCGAGUCAAACGUCCUCGGCUCUCGAUCGGACACAAGCAAUCUGCGGCGGCGAGCAUCGCGCGACUCGUAGGCACAAAGACUUUAUUGGAGAGACGCUUUAUACACACCGGUGGUAAUUAUGCGGGUGGCGGUGCGGAGAGACUCGCUUGGCGAGAAAUCGAUACCGCGUUUAAAAAUCGUAUUUUGACCGGUGUGGUGAUUAACACGGACUAUAUCGAGCCGCGACAAUUUUUGGAAGACGCUUGCGAUAUAGUGCUCGAGCGAGUGCAUGACGUUUUACAAAUACGCAACAGCGUAAAAGUGAACACUGUCUUCAACGGUGAAUUUGCAGCAUGUGAAAAACGCGCGAACAAAAGUAUCAACACGCGAAACUGUGGACUCUUUCGUACAACAGAUUUGCGCGAGUGGUACGAGCAGCGCGUCAUCGAGCCUACCUUAGCGUCCCUUGAAGAGUUUCAGGAUCGCGAUAGUGGAUGGGCGUUAUCGCGUAUACUCAAUUUGACAAUUAACGUAAACAUGUACAAUCCACUGCACGCGGGGUGUUAUGUCGAAUUACCGCGAGAAAUAAAACUGACGAAAGCGGUAGUUAACGUGCAAUCUAUGGACAAUGCGUGUUUCGCGCGGUCAGUGGUGGCUGCUCUGCAUCCAGCUGAAAGACACGCAGACCGAGAAUCGUCGUAUCCCGAUUAUAUAACGGAACUAAACGUGCAAGACAUUGAGUUUCCCGUGACGCUUAAUCAGAUUAAAAAGUUUGAACAUUCAAACGAUAUCUCAAUCAACGUAUAUUGCAUUGAGAAUAAGGAAAUCUUACCGAUACAGCUUACCACCCGGAAGAAGGAAAAGCACGUCAAUUUGCUAUACGUUCAGGGAGACGACGAUGUGGGCCAUUUUGCGUGGAUAAAAAAUAUGUCCCGCCUCAUAAGCACGCAGUUGACUAAGCACAAUGGAAAAAAAUAUUUCUGUGAUCGAUGCUUGCAUUACUUCAGUUCGAGUCAAAGGUUGGAAGCUCACAUUGUGGACUGUGGAGAGAUGAACGACUGCGCGAUCAGAUUACCGAGUGAGGACGACAAGUGGCUGACCUUCAAAAAUUACAACAGUAAGGAACGUGUACCGUUUGUCGUAUACGCCGACUUGGAGUGCACUCUGGAGAAGAUGGACAAGGAUUCGAUAACGUCUACAUAUGCGUAUCAACAUCAUGAAGUAUUUAGCGUCGGAUAUUACGUGCGUUGCUCGUACGACGAUUCAUUGUCCACAUACCAAUCUCGUCGCGAUAAAGAUUGCAUCACGUGGUUCGUCGAGCAACUCAAAGUGUUAUCACAACAUGUAAAAGAAAAGUUGUCCAAUAAUGUCCCAAUGGAAAAAUUGUCGAAGGAACAGUGGAGGGCAUACCGUAGCGCGACGCAUUGCCAC